UAGUGGGAAGAGACAACUAAAACUUGUCAGACACCAUAUUGUGUCUUAAGCAUUUUAUUACAAAGUCUUUUAGGAUUGUGUCCUUCAUCUUUUUUUAAUCUUGAUGUAAUGUCUGCUAAAAAUUGGUAUACCUUCUCAAAACAACCAUCCGUGUCUCCUGUGUGUGGAACUGACAGUUACACAGACCAUGCCUAUCGCUUGCAACAGUGGAUCAUCUCAGUUACUAGUUUAGUGUGAUUUGAGGAAUUGACAAUACUCUCUUUCACUCUUUGUAAGAGCGAUUGAUGUUAUUUGGGCUAACAGACUUUUAUAAUGAUUAAUUCACUGACUGAUUUUUCUUAUGACCUUCAGUAUGAAGGUUCUCUGUCUAAAUUAAGGAAAGGAGGCACUACAGAAAGUACAACUAAGUGUUGUGAAAGACUGGAGUUGGGGAGUUCACAAGACCUGAGGAUGGCAUUGAUUAUCCUGACAUGGUGAAGGAGGCAGGCCAGAAGGCUUUAGCUGAUGCCGGGAUUCCUUAUUCAGCAGUAGAGCAGGCAUGUGUGGGUUAUGUUUUUGGUGAGUCAACCAGUGGACAACGGGCUAUCUAUCAUAGUUUGGGUUUAACUGGCAUUCCUAUCAUUAAUGUCAACAACAACUGUGCUACUGGAUCAACUGCUUUGUUCAUGGCCAGACAACUAAUAGAAGGAGGUUUGGCAGAUUGCGUUCUGGCUCUUGGCUUUGAGAGGAUGGCAAAAGGAUCCCUUCGUGCAGGUCAUUCUAACAGAACUGAUCCAAUGGACAAACAUUUGGAAGUUAUGAUAAAUAAAUAUGGUUUAUCAAGUGCUCCAUUAGCACCUCAGAUAUUUGCAAGUGCUGGCAAAGAAUAUAUGGAGAAAUAUGGGACAAAUCCAGAAUACUUUGCAAAAAUUGCAUGGAAGAAUCAUACCCAUUCAACUAAAAACCCGUAUUCCCAGUUCCAAAAGGAGUACACAUUAGAUGAAGUUCUGCAGUCCCGCAAAAUUUUUGAAUUCUUGACUGUCUUACAGUGUUGUCCAACAUCAAACGGUGCUGCAGCUGCAAUUUUGAGUAGUGAGGAGUUUGUAAAAAGGCAUAAGUUGCAGUCAAAAGCUGUGGAAAUUCUAGCCCAGGUGAUGGUUACUGAUUAUCCAAGCACAUUUGAAGAAAACAGCUGUAUUAAGAUGGCUGGCUAUGAUAUGACUAAAAAAGCUGCAGAAAAAUGUUUUGAAAAAGCAGGCCUAAAACCUACAGAUGUCAAUGUGAUCGAACUUCAUGACUGUUUCUCAGUUAAUGAGUUCAUUACCUACGAAGCUCUGGGACUCUGUCCAGAAGGUAAUUGUGACCUGAUUGACAGAGGAGACAAUACUUAUGGAGGAAAAUGGGUUAUUAAUCCUAGUGGUGGCUUGAUUUCAAAAGGACAUCCACUUGGUGCUACAGAUUUAGAGCAGCAAUCUGAAUCCAACAUUAGUUUGCUGAGAUGGUCACCUUUCAGACUCUGUCUCUGUAGAGCACAAGAAAGUGCAUGGCUGAAUGAAAGUGCUCGUUCGGCAUUCGUGUACAGCACCGGCCGUAUUGCGGCAGUGCCUCUCAGCGCAGCUGUUGAUGGAUUUAAGUCACAAUUGAUCUUCCAAGAGAUUGAAAAGAAACUCCAAGAGGAAGGAGAGCAAUUUGUCAAGAAAAUCGGUGGAGUCUUUGCCUUCAAAAUAAAAGAUGGUCCUGGUGGGAAAGAAGCAACUUGGAUAGUAGAUGUGAAAAAUGGUAAAGGCUCUGUGGCAAUUAAUUCAGAUCAGAAGGCGGAUUGUACAAUUACAAUGGCUGAUACUGAUCUGUUAGCUCUCAUGACUGGCAAAAUGAAUCCUCAGACAGCAUUCUUUCAAGGCAAGCUGAAGGUUUCUGGGAACAUGGGCAUGGCAAUGAAACUUCAGAAUCUACAGUUGCAGCCAGGCAAAGCUAAACUUUGAGCUCAUUAAACAGUCAGUACUUGAUAUUCUUGGCAAAAAAAGUAGAAUGAAACUAGACGACAUCAGUAAUACAACGCAGGCUGGGUUUGCCUGGACCUCUCUCACCUAGAUUCUGUGGUUAAGGACUUAAUUCUCUUAAUAAAUUCCAUCAGUUUGUUUGUGGCAAAGAUCUUUAGGCUAAGCUUGAGGCACUAACUCUUACAAAUGGUGUAUGGUGGGUAUUUGUGACAAUUUUUGUUUUAAUCAAUACGAAAAAUUUUAUAAAACCUUAGACUUGAGCGAGGCUGCUUACUGUUGUUCAGGUUAGUUGGGAAUAGAGUGGGAAAGGUUAUAAAUAGUUUGACAUAUCAAUUAAGUGAGUUGCAUUUUUUGAAAAGCUAUAAUUGCAGAUCAUACAAAUGCUUUCAGAUUUCCAUUCUAACAAAUUUGCUGCUGCUUAAACUAAAAUGGUCUUACAAGGGGGAUCUCUAACAACAUUUUUUUAGAAUAGGCUUUAGGAAUUUGCUAUAAAAUACUUUUCUUAUUACUACUUUGGAAUUAAAAAAUAAAAUAUCCAGAAGUAAGUAGGAACUAGGAAUGUUGCUGUCAGAUUCACAGGAUUUGAUAGUAUUUCUCCUUGAAAAAAAAUUAGGUUUGCCAGGAGAGCAGAGAGGGAGUAUAACUGCCAUUUCACCUGUUUUCUCCUGAGAAAAUCUGCUGUUGAUCAUUAUGAAAUUCUUAUCAGUAACAUAAAAGCUUUAACUUGUUUUGGGAAAAUGUAUUCUGGUUGGAAGUUCAAUAGAA